AUGUCCUCCAAUUGGCACUCUCUAAUCGCUAGAGCGAUCGAUAUACCAUUGGAAGGCGACGACUCCCGAGUUGGUUCUACUCGAGAUGGGUCCAGCGGUGGCACUCUGAGUACCAACAACGCUUCCAAAUCUUCAUCGCUUCAAUCGCUUGGUGGUACCUUUAUACCCGUCGCCAUCUAUUGCGUCGUCUGCAUCAUAUUUUUCUCCGUUUUCCGCGUAAAAUGCAGUCGAGUCUAUGCGCCUCGGGCUAUACCCAGCCUACGAUCGCCUCACAAACACAUUCCACCGCUGCCUACUGGUUGGUUCGACUGGGUGAAGCCAUUCUUCAAGACCCCAGAUACCUUUGUCCUCAACCAUGGCUCGCUCGAUGGCUUCUUCUUUUUGCGAUAUCUCAAGGUCUUGCGAAACACUUUCCUCGUCGGCAUGCUGAUCUCUUGGCCUAUCCUCUUUCCAGUCCACAUCACUGGCGGUAACAAACUCAGUCAGCUAGAUAUCUUGACGAUUGGCAAGAUUAGUAACAGUAAGCGCAUGUUUGCCCAUGUCGCCGUCGCAUACAUGUUCUUUGGCUUUGUGCUAUUUACUAUCACUCGAGAGUGUUUCUACUACAUUGGCAUCCGCCAAGCAUAUCUUUCUUCACCUCACUACUCUAAACGGUUGUCAUCUAGGACGGUUCUCAUCACUUCGAUACCCGAUCGCUAUCUUGACGAAGCCCGACUACGAAAGCUUUACGGCGAUUCUGUAAAACGAGUCUGGAUUCCGCGAACUGCAAAGGCCCUCAUCAAACUUGUGGAAGAGAGAGAGGAUACGGCAAUGCGACUGGAAAAGGCGGAGAUUGCACUCAUCAAGAAGGCGCACGUAGCCCGGAAGAAGCAGUUCAACAAGAAAUCGACGUCGACAUCUCCCUCGGUUGAGCCAGAUACUACAGAAUCAGGUUCAGCCUAUAGGAGUGACCCAAGCAGCGAACAGACUCAAUCCGACUCCCCGCGCGUUGAUGUCUCGCAGAACGAGAACACCCAGAACACCCAGAACGAAACACAAGAGCAAAGCUUUAAAAUCGAAUAUCCGCAAGUAACCCAAACCGCAACCCGCGAUACCCACGACGUGCUUGAACGGUCGGCCGAGGAUCCUGAAUAUGUCCACCCGUAUGGACUCAACCCAGAGCUCCCAGAUGUUCGAGGCUCCGUCGCCGCUCAAUGGAUCCCUGCGAAAGCCAGACCUCAUCAUCGUCCAAUGCAAAACUUCUUUCGACGCGUUGACACAAUCCGCUGGUGCCGCAUGCGACUAAAAUAUUUGAACCAUGAGAUCUACAAGCUGCGACGUCAAGUUCGUCGCGGCGACGGUGAUACCCUGCCUGCCGCCUUUAUCGAGUUCGAUACACAAGAGGCUGCUCAGGCCGCGCACCAAAUUGUGGCUCACCAUCGUCCCCUUCAACUGGCUCCGCGACUCUUGGGCGUUAGGCCGGAUGAGGUGGUUUGGAAGGCCCUCCGAAUGCGCUGGUGGGAACGUAUCAUCCGGCGCUUUCUUAUCAUGGGUCUAGUCGCCGUCGCUAUUAUUUUUUGGUCUAUUCCGUCCGCCAUGAUCGGUAUCGUAUCCAAUAUCGACUUUUUAAGCGGAAUCUUUUUCCUACGCUGGAUCAAGCUAUUGCCCAAGCCUAUUCUUGGCUUUCUCCAGGGUUUUAUCCCUGCUAUUGCUCUGUCGUUCUGGAUGUCCCUCGUCCCUGCGAUGCUAAGAUUCUGCGGUGUCCAAGCUGGAAUCCCUUCUUUAGUUCUGGUUGAGCUUUUCACACAAAACAUCUACUUUGCUUUCCAGGUCGUGCAGGUUUUCUUGAUUACGACAUUGACAUCGGCGGCUUCAGCCGCUGUCCUAGAUAUCAUCAAUAAGCCAAUGUCGGCGCCCGACCUCUUGGCCAAAAAUCUCCCCAAAGCCUCCAACUUUUAUCUUUCGUACAUUCUCGUUCAGUGUUUGGCCAUUGGCGCUACGGGUCUCUUACAUUUAUUUGAGUUAUUCCGGCACUACAUACUUGGAAGGGGUCUACAAAAUCCCCGAACACGCUUCAAGAUUUGGUACAACCUUCGUCCUCCUCGCUGGGGUGGAAUCUUUCCAAUCUAUACGAACAUGGCAUGCAUUGCAUUCUGUUACACAUGUAUCGCUCCUCUCAUUCUCCUUUUCGCAUGCGCCGGAAUGGCCUUCACGCGUCUUAUAUACCGCUAUAACAUCCUUUACGUGUUCGACUCGGAAAUGGACAGCAUGGGCUUGUUCUACCCCAACGCUCUUCUCCAACUCAUCGUCGGACUUUACUUGGCUGAGAUUUGCAUGAUUGGUCUUUUCGCUCUCAAGCUUGCGUUCCCGCCCAUGGUACUAAUGCUCAUCUUCCUUAUUUUUACAGCGAUUGUACACAUGUCCCUCCGAGACUCGAUAUCUCCACUACUCCAAAAUCUACCCCAGACUUUGACAUUGGAGGAGGAGUUGCAACAGCAGGAAAAAGCAGAGGCAGAACAGAAGCUACAAGAGGCUGCAGAAUCAGGAGAAGCAGACGGAGGAACUGCAGCCAGUUAUUUCGAUACAGAUCUCAACUUUGGUGAAGAAGAGGCUGAAGAACCUCCUAGCGAUGACGAAGACGACCAACAUGACGGGCCCCAGGGCUCAAGAGGUGUUGACGGUGGGGGCGGCGUCAAGUUGAUGGUGACAGAAUGGAUGAAGACAACCGCCAAGGCACAAGUCAAGAAGGAGAUUCAACAGUCAGGGCUCAAGCGAUUUUUGGAUCGAUGGAUUCUCGCCGGUGACCCUUCAAAUCCAGAUCAAAAACCGACAUUUCUACAACGGUUCCUCCAUCCAGAAGUAUACGAAGACUUUAUCGCCCUGCGAAAACUUAUUCCAUUCGAGGAACCCCCUGAUGUCGAUUACGCCGGCGACGACAAGAUGUCUAAUUACUGGCCUCCCGAACUGUGGCUGCCCAAACCUGUCUUGUGGAUUCCACGGGACGAAGCGCGGGUCAGCAGACAAGAAGUCGCGCAUACGAGAAAGAUCACGCCUAUUACGGAUGUAGGAGUGACGUUGAAUGAGAAGGGAUUAAUUAUCGUGGAUGUUGAAGCUGCGCCUUUUCCAAGGAUGAGAUUGGUGCAUUGA